AUGGGGUUUCAGAUUUUCCCACCUCCAACAACUCCUCCAGAGCCUGCUCCACCUGAUCAUCAACUGAUAACGUGCACAUAUAAGAGUCAAUUCGUAUCGGCUUCCGAGUCUAGUUUGGAAGAAAUAACAUCAGCUGAUGUAAGUGGAUCAAAGGAUUCAUUGGCCACUCAUGAAGCAGAAUGGCUGGACGAUAAGAAUGAAACACGAAGAAAUUUAAACAAAAAUUCCAUUUGGAAUAACUUCAGUGGUUCGACACAUGCGUAUACAACCGGUCGUCGGCACAUUGAUUCAAAUUUAAAUAAGAUUCGUCCAAAAGGCCCCAGUCAAACAUUGAAGCAACCCGGAAAAUUAAAUAUGAAAAACUUUCAACUAGUAAGCGAUGCUGUAGCCAAAAUGAAUUUCGGGGGAGACACUUUUUUACCCACUUCAGAAGUUGAUAAAUGUUCUAAACGUUAUACUCACUUUAAUCAUACUCAAUUGGAUUGCGACGAAGAUGACUCGGAAGAGUUGGCUGAAUAUGAGCAGAUUUAUGAAAAUGAAGACUGCACUGAGUCUGACAGCUGUGCAAGUUCAACUGAACGGAAGGUGCGCCAGCAAAACAGUUCAUACUACAAACUUAAUAAAAAAACACCAACAAACAAAAAAACCAAGAAAAAAAAGAUUGCUAUUCCUGUGCAAACACCGAGAGUUCCAUUGUUUGGGUCUUAUGUAAGCCCACCGGAGAUUCCUCAGCACUAUCAUAGAACUGCAACUGAUACUAAAAAGCCCGGCGAACAUUGCUCAAAUGAACUCGUUAAAAAUGAUAAAUCACCAGAUUAUUCCAUGGUUCCUGAAAGUAUUAAUUUGUAUGGGACAGAAAAUUUGCCUGAGUUUAAUAUGAAUCCGAAAUCUUUGAAAGACUUUGAAAAAACGGAAAAACGGCGACUGAAGGAAGAUAAUGCCAGACUCCGGAAAUUGCAAGAAAAGGAAAAGGAACAAGAAAAGAAACACAAAAGGAAGUUGAAGCAAGCAUUAAAAGGAUUAUCAGAUAACACAGAAUCUCAUUUUGGAAAGCUAUUAAUCUCAGAGAAAGAUGAAAUUCCUACUUUUCUUAUAAGAUGUGUUGAAUUUAUUGAAAAAGAAGGACUUGACUCUGAAGGAAUUUAUAGAGUUCCAGGUAGUCGGGCACAUGUCGAUUUGCUUUUUCAAAAAUUCGAAGAAGAUCCACAUACGAUUAUUGAUGUUCUUGAUAUUCCAGUAAAUGCAGUAGCAACGGCGUUGAAAGACUUUUUUUCGAAGCGGUUGCCCCCGUUGUUUAGCAAAGAUAUAAUCAAGGAGCUUGAAGAUAUUGCAGGUUCACGAGGCAUUGGCUCAUCUAAAGUUAAUGUAGAAGUAAAAACUGAUAGAAGCUGCCGAUUGAUAUUACUGAAGACUUUAUUACAGAAAUUACCGCCCAUGAAUUUUUUGAUCCUAAAGUACAUUUUCGAACAUUUCGUUCAUGUAUCUGAGAAUUCCAAAUUAAACAGCAUGGAUAGUAAAAAUUUGGCUAUUUGCUGGUGGCCAACACUGAUUCCUAUUGACUUCACGGAUAUGAGCCAUUUUGAACAAUUGCGGCCAUAUUUAGAAGACAUUGUGCAGACGAUGAUUGACCAAUUUCCCUAUUUGUUUUGCGGAAAAGAUGCUUUUGUUAUGGUUUAAAUACUCGUACAUUCUAGUAAUUGUAAAAGCUUAAUUUUAGAUGUUAUUAUGUGGAAGAAUAUAAGGAAACUGUGUUUUAAUGGCUUUGUUGUGUGAAGUGACGUUUAAUUAAGAAUAUUCGAAUAUGUGUCUAAAAUAAUAAUUUAUAUUAUGUGUUAAAUUAUAUUUAAGCUAUAAAUGUUUUAAAUGUCUUGUGUGUAUGUUUAACGAGUUGUGUAGUGAUAUCUAUGCCAUGUGUAUGUAUGCUUAUAUAUAUUUUUUAAAUUGAAUGUAUUAUUAUUGUAGAUGUUGUUCUAUGAAUUGAACUAAAUUUAACUUUAUCAAAUAAACCCUUCUAAAAAAUAAAACUAACAAUUGUGAAUGAAAGAAUUGGAAUGCAUUCAAAUACCUACAUACAUAUAUACUUACACAAAUAGGACAAGUAAAAUAAGAACGAUAAUGGAAAGAUUUGUAUAAAUGUGUGUCUAUUUCAUGAUAAACCUUAUAUGUAAAAUAAUAAUGCAUUCGUAAACAGCGCGAUUUGAUGUAAUUAUAUUUUUUAAAAUUAUGAUAUUACGUGAAUCCAUACGGAUACCCGUCAUAAUCAAAAGCACAAACAUGAAAAUAAAAUAAUUCCAAACAAAGCAAA